AUGCACAGAUUAUGGGGCGCUCAAACUCAAAGAUCCUUGCAGAACUUUGAAAUUGGAGGAGACCGGGAAAGGAUGCCCGAGCCAAUUAUCCGCGCCUUUGGAAUUCUUAAGAAAUGUGCUGCAAAGGUAAACAUGGAAUAUGGCCUCGAUCCCUCCAUAGGCAAAGCAAUAAUGCAAGCUGCACAGGAAGUCGCUGAGGGAAAAUUAAACGAUCACUUCCCCUUGGUUGUUUGGCAAACUGGCAGUGGUACUCAGAGUAACAUGAAUGCCAAUGAGGUUAUUGCCAAUAGAGCAGCUGAAAUUCUUGGGCACGGGCGUGGUGAAAAAUUUGUCCAUCCAAAUGACCAUGUGAAUAGAUCGCAAUCUUCAAACGACACAUUUCCAACUGUAAUGCACAUAGCAGCUGCAAUGGAAGUCAAUACAAGAUUAAUACCAAAACUGAAACAGUUGCACACAACACUUAAUUCAAAGUCUGUCGAAUUCAAGGACAUCGUAAAAAUUGGCCGCACUCACACACAAGAUGCCACACCCUUGACACUUGGACAAGAAUUUAGUGGGUAUACCACCCAGGUGAAGUACGGUAUAGAUCGAGUCUCUUGCACCCUCCCUCGCAUGUAUCAGCUGGCACAGGGGGGGACUGCUGUGGGAACUGGUUUGAACACAAAGAAAGGGUUUGAUGUAAAGAUUGCUGCAGCAGUAGCCGAGGAAACUAAUUUGCCGUUUGUGACGGCUGAAAACAAAUUUGAAGCACUGGCUGCGCAUGACGCUUUUGUCGAAACAAGUGGUGCCUUAAACACAAUUGCUGCCUCGCUCAUGAAGAUAGCAAAUGAUAUACGUUUCUUAGGAAGUGGUCCUCGAUGUGGCCUUGGAGAACUCAUACUUCCUGAAAAUGAACCUGGAAGCAGUAUAAUGCCGGGGAAGGUGAACCCUACACAGUGUGAGGCUCUCACAAUGGUUUGUGCUCAGGUCAUGGGCAAUCAUGUGGCUAUUACAGUGGGGGGAUCAAAUGGCCAUUUUGAGCUGAAUGUUUUUAAGCCUGUUAUUGCCAGUAAUCUACUACAAUCACUGAGACUGCUAGGCGAUGCGUCUGCUUCAUUUGAAAAGAAUUGUGUCAGGGGAAUUCAAGCCAACAGGGAAAGAAUUGCUAAAUUAUUGCAUGAGUCUCUCAUGCUUGUAACAUCUUUAAAUCCAAAAAUCGGAUAUGAUAACGCUGCAUUAGUUGCCAAGACAGCUCACAAGGAAGGAAGCACCUUGAAGAAUGCUGCCUUAAAACUAGGCGUGCUCAAUUCCGAAGAAUUCGAUCAGCUUGUGGUGCCAGAAAAGAUGAUUGGCCCCUCGGACUAAUAUCUUUAGAAGAAACAUAUUGAAAUUUAGACAGUCCCUUUCAUUUUGGGGGACGAUUAUUCUUGAGGUUUUCUCUGCUGUGAUUUGAGUUUCUCACUGCAAAUAAUAUUGUGGCUACUCUUGGUUCCGUAUGGGAAAGCCUGCUCAUUGUUGCAACUGCUGCUUGGAAAAUAAAAUUUGCAGCAGACAAUUAGAUUUUAUUUUGCUCGUGGUAGAGUAAUAAUUAAUCUUAUGUGGUCGCUAGAUUAUUUUUCCCUUAAUACCUUCCCAAGGCACCAAUUUUAUACGGUCAGUUAGCCUGUGGGUCAUUGCACAAACACAACAAUUUGCAGCAGAUAAUAUGGCGUCUCAUUUUAGUGAUGAAGAAA